AGGCCGUCACUUUGAAUAUUUAUGAAGUCGCGCAUUGGCUCAGACCCGCGUCAAUCCCGCUCCGCGACUUCUGUAGGCUGGCAGACUUCCUUCAAUAUUAUUACCGAGGAGCAGGGUAAAAGUAGCAAAAAUGUUGCCGAUACACAACAGCGGGACGGACUGAAUGGAGCCAGCGUUGUCAGCGGAGAUAACACAUCUGUCCACAGCCAGCCGCGACACUUAACGCUGAGAAGAAAUACAAGAUCGGCUUGUUGAGUUCUCCGUAAACGUCCAGCCCUCGGCCUCCCCAUGCCUCCAUCUCCUCUUGACGACAGAAUUGUGGUGGCGCUGCCAAGGCCAAUCCGACCUCAGGAACUCCAACUGCGCCUGGACACUAGCUACCUGGACUCCAUCACUACCAGCAGCAGCAGCAAGACGGUCAUCAGCACCACCGUGGUGAAGAUUCGGGCAACGGCCAAUCUUGUAACGUAUAUGCCCUCAUCCAAGGGCUCCACGCGCUCGUUGUCGUGUGGAUGCAGCAGUGCCAGCUGCUGCUCUGUGACUACCUAUGAGAAGGACAGCCAGAGCCUCAGCCACAGCCAGGUGAGUGCCAGCAGCCCCAACCUCAGCUAUGCUGGGCCGCCCACCUCUAUGGUCAGCAAUCAUGAAGCAUUAAGUGCCCCCACUCCCACCCCGGGCACGCCAAAGGCCCUGUCCACCGUGAGGCUCAUCCACCCCAAUGAGCUGGCCAAACGGAUGACCUGCUGCUCCAUGGGUCACCCUGUAGGGCCUGUGCCGAUCAUCAUUGACUGCCGGCCCUUCAUGGAGUACAACAAGAGCCACAUCCGGGGGGCUGUGCAUAUCAACUGCUCUGACAAGAUCAGCCGGCGGCGGCUGCAGCAGGGCAAGAUCACUGUGCUGGACCUCAUCUCCUGCCGGGAGGCCCAGGAUUCUUUUAAGGGCAUCUUCUCCAAAGAGAUUGUGGUUUACGAUGAGAGCACCACAGACGCCAACCGGCUGACUUCCUCCCAGCCCCUACAUGUGGUUCUGGAUUCACUGAGGAGAGAGGGCAAGGACCCCGUCAUCCUCAAAGGAGGCCUUAGCUGCUUUAGGCAGAGCCACGAAAACCUGUGUGAGCACUCACUGCACCUUCAUGAGGGCUUGGACACAGGUGCAGCUGCUGGCAUGACCGGGGUUCUACCUCACUCCCUGCCCACCACCCCAGAUAUAGAGAAUGCCGAGCUGACACCAAUCCUGCCUUUUCUCUAUCUGGGGAAUGAGCAAGAUGCUCAUGACAUUAACCUGCUGCAGCGCUUGAACAUCGGCUACAUCCUCAAUGUGACCACCCACCUGCCACUGUAUCACUAUGAGACGGGGCUCUUCAUCUACAAGCGCCUGCCUGCCACUGACAGCAACAAGCAGAACCUGCGCCAGUAUUUUGAGGAGGCUUUUGAGUUUAUUGAGGAAGCACACCAAGCAGGUAUGGGCCUUCUGAUCCACUGCCAGGCAGGCGUAUCUCGUUCAGCCACCAUUGUGAUUGCCUACCUGAUGAAGCACACCUGGAUGACCAUGACAGAUGCUUACAAGUUUGUCAAAACCAGGAGGCCCAUCAUCUCCCCAAACCUCAACUUCAUGGGCCAGCUGUUGGAAUUUGAGGAGGAUCUCAACAACGGAAUAACGCCACGAAUUCUCACGCCAAAGCUGAUUGGUGUGGAAACCAUUGUCUAAAUGAACCCCUUGUUGCGAUGCUCGCACUUGUACUCACUGUCACUGUUUUUCAACAGGAACUGGCUGCUUUAUGAGCCAGUGUGGAGUAUUUGAGGGAGGGACAGUAUUCUGAAAUCUCCUCACGCUCAUCUUGGACUCUGUAGAGUGCCAAAGCUCUGGGUCAGUGGUGAGGAGAAAUGCCAAAAAAAAAUCCCUACUGUUUAAACCUUGCUGAAGUCCUGGAGGAGAAGACAAGUUUAACAGAUAUAUAGAGAGGAAGUGGUCAGUGGGAAGAUUUCCAUUUGUGAUCGCAAAGGAGCACAUACAAGAAAGAAGAAAAUCUGGAAAACAUUUUUCUCUCUGCUUAGAAGCAGUUACUGUCAUGAGCCACUCCUAAAGCUCACACUGUGGCCCAAAGUUUCUGUCUGCAGACUCAGGCGGGGUUGGCAACAGUAGUGCCUGUCAAAUUAUUUGAAAAAUGAAGACUUGUUUGGUGUGUUAUUGUUCUAUUUUUAUACGAGACUGUGUGGAGAUGACCAUAAUGAGCCAACAGCGGCUUACUGUGCAAUAAUUUCAAAUUGGAAUGCAACUGAGACCUUAAUCUUAUGUGUAUAUAUUGAAAAUGAUUAUAAAACAGUUCCAGCUCUUUGCUGAAAUACCAUUUUGAUGUUCAUGUAAUUCUCGUUCAGUUCUAUACAUUUUUGUUCAUGGUGCACACUGUAAUAUUUGGCGCAGAUGUCUACAAGAGAUAGGAAAAAAUGGGGUUGUAUUUUGUAGCUGAACUACAAAUGUGUGUAUGUCUGUGUGUGUAUUAAUAUAUUAUAUAUAUAUUUAUACACUACCAUUAAAAAGUUUGGGGUCACUUAGAAAUGUCCUUAUUUUUGAAAGAAAAGCAUUUUUUUUCAAUGAAGAUGACAAUAAAUGAAUCAGAAAUGCAGUCUAGACAUUGUUAAUGUGGUAGAUUACUAUUCUAGCUGGAAACGACUGAUUUUUAAUGGAAUGUCUACAUAGGGGUACAGAGGAACAUUUCCAGCAACCAUCACUCCUGUGUUCUAAUGCUACAUUGUGUUAGCUAAUGGUGUUGAAAGGCUAACUGAUGAUUAGAAAACCCUUGUUGCAAUUAUGUUAGCACAUGAAUAAAAGUGUGAGUUUUGAAAUGAAACAUGAAAUUGUCUGGGUGACCCCAAGCUUUUGCGCGGUGGUGUGUAAACACAUAUAUACUUGGCAUAUGAGCUUUUCUAUGCAUGGCUGCUGGCAAAUGAAAGAAUGCUUCGAAAUAAUUAGCGAUUAUUGUAAAACAGGGCUACUGGAGAUGAUUUAUGUUACACAACACAAAAAUUUCACUGCCUGCUUCUCCUCGUUUCGUCCGUUCUUAUAUGAGCCAGCUAUGUUGUGAUGGACUUUGCUGUGUUACCGUCCCUGUGUUGCUCGAUCCUAUGUUCCUAUCAACCGCCGACAUUUUGAGCUAUGAUGCAGCCCAUUCAAAGGUAGCAGAGUUGAGGUACAGACUUGAAACAAGCAUACACUUCGUCUUGUGGGCCACAGUUUAGUGUGACAGUGGUGGUACAGUCGAGCGCCAUUACCCUCAUCUAGUCUUUUGCAACUCCCCGUCCCUGUAGGCAAGCGCUAUCACGUGCUGCUCCAGUGCCUCUGUAGUUGCCUUAAUUCAUGUGUCACCACUGGGCCUGCGCAUAGCUUUCCCAAAUGCCAUCAUGUGCAGAUGAAUACACAGCACACUGAGGUGGAAUUUUAGCCCCCAGACAAAACUACUGAGCACCUCCUUGUCUCUGUGUAGCGUACAAGUUUAACUGUAAUUAAACAUCUAAUUGUAUUAUUUCUGCUGUUAUUGGUCAGUAUGUGGAAUGUAAAACAUUUGCAAUCACAUAUGGUAAAAAUUGUUGGAAAAAAAAUUUCCUAAACUGCAUCUCUGACCUAGUGGUGGCAUUUGAAAGAGAAACUGAGCAUCAGCGUGAAUUUUAAAUCAACUUGGCACUAAAAAGCACUGUGGUAUAAAGUACAUGCGCACAGAAAGUUUAUCCUCAUCCUGAUAUAUCUGUACUCACCUCUGACUCAUUUUUAUGAUAAAUGUAUGUAGAUAGAAGUGAACAGGUUAAAAAGUAUUCUGCUUCUUCAUGCAUUAAUCUCGUUGUUGGUGCACAGAUUCGUUUGUAUUUCACCCUAGUUAGCUUUCACACAUUUGAUUAUCUCAUCUGUUGACAGGUUUAAUGAUAAAAAGGGAACUUUAUAACUACCUUGGUGGAAUGCAUGUGUUUUAGGCUUUUUUCAACCAUCUGCGCCCAGCCAAGCACAGUAUAAAGACCUCUUCUCAAAAAGAGUGUAAGGCCAUAAAAACUUCGCAUUUAAAAAAUUUUGUGUAUCAACUUUGUUGUCUAAAAGCUCUAAAAAUGUGUAAAAUUUUAACUGUGCUUUUUGAACAAUAGUCUGGAUUUUGCCUCAAAGCCUUGUCUCUUUGAUCUAAUUGUUUUAAUCUGGUACACAGAAGGGCUGUAAAAGUUUUUCCAAGAUACAAGAGUGUCUAAUUUUUCACCUGGAGUACAAAAAAUCCAAAGAUUAGAUCUAAAAAAUAACUCCUUUUUUUAGCUAGAAAGAAACAUAAAACAAAAGUGUUUUAGCUCUUGACUUGAACCAUUAGACCAUUACAAGUGAAUCCGAAAGUUUAAAAAAAAGGGUCUCUGUUGGUAAGUUUAGUUAGAAUGCAAGUUUUUAUAUCAUCUUGACUACAUAGACACUGUGCUCUCAGUAUGACUUUACAACACCAACAUUCACAACAAUAAGCUUGAAAUAUCCCUCAUAAGAAAAUCCAUGCUAUGCAAAAGUUGUUCCAGGUUGUAUCCAACUAUUCUAAAAUUAUUUUGUGAGGUCUUCGCGAACAUAUCGAGCAUGAAUAUCGAGUUUGCAGCCUCAAAAUGAAGUGAGAUGUAAGUGUGACUUAAUGACAAAUUUAAAAAUGUCUGUGCUCUUACCUGUGUGUUUUUUUUUGUUUGUUUUUUUUGCUGGCGUCUACUGGUGCUUUACAGUAUAUCUGAGUAUGAUAAAAAGAAAAGGGUUCAUAAUAACCAUUUAGCACAUUUGUAGCUUGUGCUUUUAAGUUCAGUGAAUACAAUUUGCUUUGUUUGUCAUCUGAUCCGAUGUUAUAUACAGACAAAUGAACCUUUUCAUCCCACUUGCUGGUUCCUAAAUCACAGUGGCACAUGGCUUCUGUAUGUAAUGAUCUAUUUGACUGAAUAGUUAGCUGUGGUACUGAAUGCUACUCUUUGGUUGGAAAGAAAGCAUGCUGUGUGCUCCUGUCUGCGAGACAUACUCGCAGUCAUUAUGGUGCUGUCUGUCUUUCCCACACUCCUCUUUCUGUAGAGGUCGGAGCCUGAUUUGACAGCUUCAAAAAGCAUUGGAUUCUGUUACCUUUCGUUUGGAAAUAUGGUUCUGUAUUAGAACAAUAUCGAGCUGUCUGGUUUGAUGUGCGGUCUUUACGACUAGACUUGUUCAAGAGUCUCUGCUUUGGGUUCAGAGGCUCCGGUGGAAAUGAGCUUUACUCUUCAAAUCUCUGUAUCUUUCUUUGUGUCUAUAGUCUAUAGUCAAGUAUAUACAGUAAAUGCACUACCGCUCAGAAGUUUGGGGUCACUAAGAAAUGACCUUAUUUUUGAAGGAAAAGCAGUUUGUUUUUCUAGUGAAGACAACAUUAAAUGAAUCAGAAAUACAGUCUAGACAUGGUUAAUGUGGUAAAUGAUUAUUCUUGCUGGAAACGACUGAUUUUUAAUGGAAUAUCUCCAUAGGGGUACAGAGGAACAUUUCCAGCAACCAUCACUCCUGUGUUCUAAUGCUACAUUGUGUUAGCUAAUGGUGUUGAAAGGCUAACUGAUGAUUAGAAAACCCUUGUGCAGUUAUGUUAGCACAUGGAAUAAAGUGUGAGUUUUCAUGGAAAACAUGAAAUUGCCUGGGUGACCCCAAACUUUUGCACGGUAAAAUAGAUAUUCUUUGUAUGCAUAUAUUCAUUACUAUUUUUGCACUGAUUUACAGACAGAUGGAUUUAUUUUUUUCCACAAAGGGUGCUAUUAUAACGGAGGCCUUCUCCCAUACCUUUUUGCAUGACUUGUUUAAAAUUCCUCAACUAGUCUGUCAUCUCUCCUACUCUUCUCCUACUACUCCUCAAACUGUUGCAGUUGAAGCACUGUAAUUUUGUAAUCCCAACUUGUGAGCUUUGAAAUAAACAGGGAGGGUUCAAGUUUG